UUUUGUUUUGUUCUUUUUAAAGGUAUUUACUUGUUUGUAUUUUCUUAAAGAAUUACUUUUAAUUUUAUAGUUUUUAUAUUAUUUUGUUAGGUAAUAAAUAAUAAAAAUAAUUAAUAUGGAGAAAUGUGACAUUGGAAAAAGUCUUAACAUUCAUUGCCACAAAACUGGAUUUUCAAGCAAACAAGGUUUUGUUCAAUUUAAAGAUCUUCCUUGUGAAAAACAAGUAGAAAUAAUAUGGCGAGCAAACUUAAAGGAAAAAUAUAGUUCAAUAAGAAUUAUAUGUUGUUAUCAUGAGCAAUUCUAUGGAAAAUAUUUUGAGAGAAAAAUUACAAAGUGUUCCAAUCCUUUUGGAACACACAAGGAAAGUAAAAAAAUUGCUAUAAAAGGUAAUAUAAAGAUUUCCAUAGACAUGGCAAACUAUUUGCAAAAAAAUAAUGUUUAUGUAACCCCAGGAUGGAAAUUCUGCAGUAAAUGUUACAAAAAAGCAAUAGAAACUGAUGAAGAUUUACAGGAGGAAUGGGAAUUCACAGGAGGAAUGGGAAUCAAAAAGUGAGAAAAAAAUUAAGUUAGAUACCACUAUAGAAUUGCUUGGAAUCUCACUGGUCAAACUAAAAAGUCUUUCAAAACACAGCAAAUUGCCUGUAGCAAAACAAAAGUUUGAGAACACUAUUGACAGAGUUGCAAAAAUGGUCUCAUUAGCAUAUAAUAUUAAAGAAACUUUUUUAACAACAGAAAUAAAAAGCCCCAUUUUAAACAACAACAUUAACAAUGACCAUGAUCUAGACAUUUUAAUGUAUGAAAUAAAAAAUAAAAUUUCAGAGACUGACUCUUAUCGCCAUAAGGUGCAAAUGUUAACACUUGCACCAAAAUCAUAGACACGUAAAAAGAUAUCAAGCUACUUUGAAGUGUCUGAGUAUCUUGUUCGAACAGCAAGAAAAGUUAAAAAUGAGAAUGGAAUUCUAUCAUUACCCGGGAAAAAAACUGGAAACCCACUUUCACCAGAAACAGUUAAUUUAGUGAUUAACUUUUAUCAAAGUGAUGAAUUUUCAAGAAUGAUGCCAGGAAAAAAAGAUUACGUAAGUAUUAAGAAAAAC